AUGCCCUCCAUUAAAAAGGUCCAGGAUUGGUAUGCGCAAUCGUUCGAGGAAAUCAUCACUUUACCUCGACCAACCCUAACACAAGAAGUCAAGGCGCGUUUGUUGCGCCCGAAUAGAACGCAUAACGGCGGGUCAAAAAUCCUUGCGGAAACUACACAAAAUCCAAGCGUUCGUGAGGGACAGUACCGUUCCUCCACCACAACAAAUGGUAACGGCAAUGGCAAGACUGCUGCCGCCAGGAGAUAUUUUGUCCCAUCAGAUGAUCAUGGCCAUUGGCCUCCCGAGUUAAAUGACUACAAUGAACGUUUCGCGAAGACUUUGCAACAGAUCAAACGGCGCCAUGAUAGUGUUGUAACUACAGUGGCUCAGGGUAUUCUUGAAUGGAAGCGGAGACGACAGCGUCUCCAAAUUGACUCGACAAUCCAAUCAUUUCUCGAUCGGUUUUACAUGUCUCGAAUAGGUAUACGAAUGUUAAUCGGACAGCACAUCGCUCUGACAGAACAAACACACGUUCGCCAUCCAAACUACGUCGGGAUCAUCUGUACCAAGACAAAUGUGCGUGAGGUGGCUCUCGAGGCCAUCGAAAACGCCCGUUUUGUUUGCGAGGAUUACUAUGGUCUUUUUGACGCUCCCAAGGUGCAGCUUGUUUGCAAGGAAGACCUAAACUUCAUGUAUGUUCCGGGACAUCUGUCCCACAUGCUUUUCGAAACUAUGAAGAACUCCCUUCGUGCCGUGGUCGAAACACACGGCGCAGACAAGGAAGCCUUCCCCAUCACCAAGGUCAUAAUCGCCGAAGGAAAAGAGGACAUUACUAUCAAGGUCUCCGAUGAAGGUGGUGGUGUCGCACGGUCUGCGAUACCUCUUGUCUGGACUUAUAUGUAUACAACUGUGGAACAAACCCCCAACCUUGACCCCGACUUUGACAAGAGUGAUUUCAAGGCUCCCAUGGCAGGGUUCGGAUACGGGCUUCCAAUCAGUCGUUUGUAUGCCCGGUACUUUGGAGGCGACCUGAAAUUGAUCAGUAUGGAAGGGUACGGUACGGACGUAUACCUUCAUCUGAACCGGUUGUCUUCGAGCUCGGAGCCCCUCCAAUGA